UUCCCUCUGUAUCAGUAGGCGUUACGGUGCCAGGGACAGAAGGCAGUCGUCCACCACAUUUCCCCCAGGAAGGACUCACUAAGCCCUUCCCGACAGGUCCAUCAGGCUUACCAACCACGGAGGUAUCAAUACCGUCGGGUAUUCCAGGUCAGCCGACAGGCAUAGUUCCCUCAGUAUCAGUAGGCGUUUCUGUGCCAGAGACACAGACCAGUAGUCCGCCGUCUUUCCCGCAUGGAGAACUAACGACUCCGUUCCCGUCAGGUCCUUCAGGCAUACCAAACACGGAGGUACCACCAUUAUCUGGUGUUCCAGGUCAGCCUACAGCUAUUGUUCCCUCGGUAUCAGUAGGCGUCUCGGUGCCAGAGACAGAAGGAAGUAGUCCACCACCUUUCCCCCAGGAAGGAUUCACGACGCCCUUCCCGACAGGUCCAUCUGGCUUACCAACCACGGAGGUAUCAAUACCGUCUGGUAUUCCCGUUCAGCAGACAGGUAUAGUUCCCUCAGUACCAGAAGCAGUUUCUGUGCCAGAGACACAGACUGGUAGGCCACCGUCUUUCCCGCAUGGAGAACUAACGACUCCGAUCCCGUCAGGUCCUUCAGGCAUACCAAACACGGAGGUACCACCGUUAUCUGGUGUUCCAGGUCAGCCUACAGCUAUUGUUCCCUCUGUAUCAGUAGGCGUUACGGUGCCAGGGACAGAAGGCAGUCGUCCACCACAUUUCCCCCAGGAAGGAGUCACUAAGCCCUUCCCGACAGGUCCAUCAGGCUUACCAACCACGGAGGUAUCAAUACCGUCGGGUAUUCCAGGUCAGCCGACAGGCAUAGUUCCCUCAGUAUCAGUAGGCGUUUCUGUGCCAGAGACACAGACCAGUAGUCCGCCGUCUUUCCCGCAUGGAGAACUAACGACUCCGUUCCCGUCAGGUCCUUCAGGCAUACCAAACACGGAGGUACCACCAUUAUCUGGUGUUCCAGGUCAGUCUACAGCUAUUGUUCCCUCUGUAUCAGUAGGCGUUACGGUGCCAGGGACAGAAGGAAGUAGUCCACCACAUUUCCCCCAGGAAGGACUCACUAAGCCCUUCCCGACAGGUCCAUCAGGCUUACCAACCACGGAGGUAUCAAUUCCGUCGGUUAUUCCAGGUCAGCCGACAGGCAUAGUUCCCUCAGUAUCAGUAGGCGUUUCUGUGCCAGAGACACAGACCAGUAGUCCACCGUCUUUCCCGCAUGGAGAACUAACGACUGCGUUACCCUCAGGUCCUUCAGGCAUACCAAACACGGAGGUACCACCAUUAUCUGGUGUUCCAGGUCAGCCUACAGCUAUUGUUCCCUCUGUAUCAGUAGGCGUUACGGUGCCAGGGACAGAAGGCAGUCGUCCAGCAACUUUCCCCCAGGAAGGACUCACUAAGCCCUUCCCGACAGGUCCAUCAGGCUUACCAACCACGGAGGUAUCAAUACCGUCGGGUAUUCCAGGUCAGCCGACAGGCAUAGUUCCCUCAGUAUCAGUAGGCGUUUCUGUGCCAGAGACACAGACCAGUAGUCCGCCGUCUUUCCCGCAUGGAGAACUAACGACUCCGUUCCCGUCAGGUCCUUCAGGCAUACCAAACACGGAGGUACCACCAUUAUCUGGUGUUCCAGGUCAGCCUACAGCUAUUGUUCCCUCUGUAUCAGUAGGCGUUACAGUGCCAGGGACAGAAGGCAGUCGUCCACCAGCUUUCCCCCAGGAAGGACUCACUAAGCCCUUCCCGACAGGUCCAUCAGGCUUACCAACCACGGAAGUAUCAAUACCGUCGGGUAUUCCAGGUCAGCCGACAGGCAUAGUUCCCUCAGUAUCAGUAGGCGUUUCUGUGCCAGAGACACAGACCAGUAAUCCGCCGUCUUUCCCGCAUGGAGAACUAACGACUCCGUUCCCGUCAGGUCCUUCAGGCAUACCAAACACGGAGGUACCACCAUUAUCUGGUGUUCCAGGUCAGCCUACAGCUAUUGUUCCCUCUGUAUCAGUAGGCGUUACGGUUCCAGGGACAGAAGGAAGUAGUCUACCACAUUUCCCCCAGGAAGGACUCACUAAGCCCUUCCCGACAGGUCCAUCAGGCUUACCAACCACGGAGGUAUCAAUUCCGUCGGUUAUUCCAGGUCAGUCGACAGGCAUAGUUCCCUCAGUAUCAGUAGGUGUUUCUGUGCCAGAGACACAGACCAGUAGUCCACCGUCUUUCCCGCAUGGAGAACUAACGACUGCGUUCCCGUCAGGUCCUUCAGGCAUACCAAACACGGAGGUACCACCGUUAUCUGGUGUUCCAGGUCAGCCUACAGCUAUUGUUCCCUCUGUAUCAGUAGGCGUUACGGUGCCAGGGACAGAAGGCAGUCGUCCACCACAUUUCCCCCAGGAAGGACUCACUAAGCCCUUCCCGACAGGUCCAUCAGGCUUACCAACCACGGAGGUAUCAAUACCGUCGGGUAUUCCAGGUCAGCCGACAGGCAUAGUUCCCUCAGUAUCAGUAGGCGUUUCUGUGCCAGAGACACAGACCAGUAGUCCGCCGUCUUUCCCGCAUGGAGAACUAACGACUCCGUUCCCGUCAGGUCCUUCAGGCAUACCAAACACGGAGGUACCACCAUUAUCUGGUGUUCCAGGUCAGCCUACAGCUAUUGUUCCCUCUGUAUCAGUAGGCGUUACGGUUCCAGGGACAGAAGGAAGUAGUCCACCACAUUUCCCCCAGGAAGGACUCACUAAGCCCUUCCCGACAGGUCCAUCAGGCUUACCAACCACGGAGGUAUCAAUUCCGUCUGGUAUUCCCGUUCAGCAGACAGGUAUGGUUCCCUCAGUACCAGAAGCAGUUUCUGUGCCAGAGACACAGACUGGUAGGCCACCGUCUUUCCCGCAUGGAGAACUAACGACUCCGAUCCCGUCAGGUCCUUCAGGCAUACCAAACACGGAGGUACCACCAUUAUCUGGUGUUCCAGGUCAGCCUACAGCUAUUGUUCCCUCUGUAUCAGUAGGCGUUACGGUUCCAGGGACAGAAGGAAGUAGUCCACCACAUUUCCCCCAGGAAGGACUCACUAAGCCCUUCCCGACAGGUCCAUCAGGCUUACCAACCACGGAGGUAUCAAUUCCGUCUGGUAUUCCCGUUCAGCAGACAGGUAUGGUUCCCUCAGUACCAGAAGCAGUUUCUGUGCCAGAGACACAGACUGGUAGGCCACCGUCUUUCCCGCAUGGAGAACUAACGACUCCGAUCCCGUCAGGUCCUUCAGGCAUACCAAACACGGAGGUACCACCGUUAUCUGGUGUUCCAGGUCAGCCUACAGCUAUUGUUCCCUCUGUAUCAGUAGGCGUUACGGUGCCAGGGACAGAAGGCAGUCGUCCACCACAUUUCCCCCAGGAAGGACUCACUAAGCCCUUCCCGACAGGUCCAUCAGGCUUACCAACCACGGAGGUAUCAAUACCGUCGGGUAUUCCAGGUCAGCCGACAGGCAUAGUUCCCUCAGUAUCAGUAGGCGUUUCUGUGCCAGAGACACAGACCAGUAGUCCGCCGUCUUUCCCGCAUGGAGAACUAACGACUCCGUUCCCGUCAGGUCCUUCAGGCAUACCAAACACGGAGGUACCACCAUUAUCUGGUGUUCCAGGUCAGCCUACAGCUAUUGUUCCCUCUGUAUCAGUAGGCGUUACGGUUCCAGGGACAGAAGGAAGUAGUCCACCACAUUUCCCCCAGGAAGGACUCACUAAGCCCUUCCCGACAGGUCCAUCAGGCUUACCAACCACGGAGGUAUCAAUUCCGUCGGUUAUUCCAGGUCAGUCAACAGGCAUAGUUCCCUCAGUAUCAGUAGGUGUUUCUGUGCCAGAGACACAGACCAGUAGUCCACCGUCUUUCCCGCAUGGAGAACUAACGACUCCGUUCCCGUCAGGUCCUUCAGGCAUACCAAACACGGAGGUACCACCAUUAUCUGGUGUUCCAGGUCAGCCUACAGCUAUUGUUCCCUCUGUAUCAGUAGGCGUUACGGUGCCAGGGCCAGAAGGCAGUCGUCCCCCAGCUUUCCCCCAAGAAGGACUCACUAAGCCCUUCCCGACAGGUCCAUCUGGUGUUCCAGGUCAGACUACUGUCGUUCCCUCGCUGUCAGUUGGCGUGUCCGUGCCUGAGACCUCGACUUUAAGUUCAGAGGCUUUCCCCACUUCUGAAUUCGCGGCUCCAUUCCCGUCAGGUCCAUCAAUUAUUCCAACUACAGAGACAUCAAUACCAUCUGGUGCUCCAGGUCAAGCGGCUGCUGUCGUUCCCUCGGUAUCAGCAGGCGUACCUGUACCCGGAACCUCGACUGUUAGUCCCGAGUCCUUUCCGCAAUCGGAAUUCACAACUUCAUUCCCGACCGGUCCAUCAGUCGUUCCAACUACUGAGAAAUCAACGCCAUCUGGUUUUCCAGGUCAGACCACAGCUGUCGUUCCCUCCGUAUCAGUUGGCGUUUCUCUGCCAGAGACAACAAGUGCCUCUCCACCGUCUUUCCCCCAUUCAGAGCUCACAACUCCGUUCCCGUCCGGCCCUUCAGGCAUGCAAACUACUGAGAUAUCAAAACCAUCCGGGGUUCCUGAUCAAUCGACGGUCAUAGCACCCUCGGUCUCAGCGGCUGUCUCAGUGCCAGAGACAGGCACAAGUGCCUCGUCUCUGCCUCAUGGAGAACUCACGACUGCCUACCCACCAGAGUUCUCUGUAUUACCCACUACUGAGGUAUCAUUGCCGUCGCGUGUUUCCGGUCUCCCCACACUUGUAGCUCCGUCUGGCACUGUUGGUGUUUCAGGGCCCCAAGAAGAAACCGCAAAUCCCCCUUUUGGCACUCCCGGCUUCACUGCUACAUUGCCAUCAGGAGCCUUCACGGUUCCGACUAAACAGAUGUCACCUACUGGAACACCGGGCCAGCAAAUCUUUCCUUCGGGCGUUCCUUCUUUCCCAACAACCGAGCUUUCUGUACCAUCUAACGCGCCAUUUAAGUCAACCUUGUUUCCUUCUAUGUCAGUAGGUGUGUCGGUGCCACAGGAAAGAACUCCAAGUUCUCUAUCAUAUCCAGCAGUGACAGGAACGUUACCGCCUGCUAUGUCUGUCGUUCCGACAGGUGAAGUAUCUUUGCCACGCGGUGGGCCUGGUGAGCCCACUGCCAUGGUUCCUUCAGCCACCGUUAGCGUUUCCCUGCCCGGGGCAUCAUCUUCUACAGGAGAGGCCAGCUCCACAUUUCCGUCAGGGGGUUCUGCUGUACCUACAACUGAGGUAUCAUUACCAUCUGGUAUAACGGGAUUGCCGAGCGUAGCGGUACCGUCAUUUUCAGCAGGCGUCUCAAUGCCAGAAACUGCAACCUCCACUGCUGGGCCGCUUACUGUUGAAACCCGUACUUUACCGAGUGGGUUUCCAGUAUCUGAGACUAUGCCAGGAACUCCUGCGCCAUGGCCAUCAUCGCUCCCCCAUGGUACUCCCGGUGCUCCAACAAAUCUCCCAACACUUUCUUUCGGUUCACCUUCUAUUUCUAGUGAGCAUCCGACCACACUACCUGAGGGAAUAAAUGUUGAAACUGAGACAGGAACUCCUGCUCCAUCAGAAGAACUACAUGAGACUACUCAACCCUUUACCCCUUCCCCAUUUCCCACAACUUACGUGGGUUUUCCAUCUAGUCUUCCUCGCACACCUGUAAGCGUGGUCCCAGAGGUAUCAGUCAGUGUUUCAGUGCCUCCUGGAUUUGUUCCUACCAUAGCUACAGUAACGGCGCCAUCGUUUUAUGGAACGAAGGUCGCACCUGAUUUCACUUCCACUCCAAGGCCAUUCCAGACGGGUGGUGUAACGGGGCCAGAAGAAGCUAUCAGCACAACCCUUCCACCCAGUUUGUUUACUCCAGAGACUGAAGAAAUCAGGAUUCUGUUGAUGAUCAUAAGGACCGAUUUGAAGACAUACAAGGUUAACGCCACUGUACUGCAUACUUUCUUGAUCAAAGCUACAACGAUAGGAAGCCAUGACGCUUACACUAUCAUUCUCCUUGCUUUAAAAGACAUAAAGGUAUCGUGCAAGUACUUGGCACCUUCGGAGAGGAUUAAGGUCGCCUAUGAAAUUGCCCAUUACCUGAAGUCGCAUGGGACCAGAAUAGCUCACGACGUCGUUGUCAAGGCAGUCGGUGUUUUCCUGUGUGCCGUCGACCACAAGGACAUAAUCACAAAGCUCCUCUCUGAAAACACUUACAUGAUAUCUAUCUCGGAAAGCGUAGCGAGUGAGCUCUCAUGCCCCGACAUGGAGCACCUGAUCCACCUUCUCUACGCGGACCGAAACCGCACAAAGGUAGAAGAGUCUCCCUGCGCUGGAAUCCUCUGCGAAGAAGUUCCCGAGAAUGUGAUGGACACGAUCGACAUGCUCGUCGACAGAUACUUCCCUCAAAAGGCCCACGAAAAGAAGUGGCUGAUGCUGGAUAUCGCAAAAGCGCUCAACUUGCAGCCCGAAGAGGACGAAGAAGGCGACGAAAUGGUCUACUACAAGAUGGGCGAUUACGACGUCUUUUUGGAAGAGCUACGCGAACCGACGAUUUCCGACGAGGAGAAGGCCCUGCUUUUCGGCAAGUUUUUCGCCGAGGUGCGCAAAGUCGCCAAGGCUGAGCGCAAGCUCAGGCUUGACGACCUGGAAGAAGUCUGGAAAAUGGGUGGUGGCAAGCUGCCGCAGCCCGCAGUGAGGUCGUUCAUAGCACUUUUGAAACUUGUCCACAGCAAGAGGCUCUCGCUGAAGACGGAGGAAAGGAUCCGUCUGCUCAAGCUUGCUCUCAAGUGCGACGGUCACGAGUGCACAAAACUCAGCUCCAGUGAUAUCCACAACCUCAUAUUUGCGCUGUGCAACGUGGGGAUUCGCGAUGGUUUUGGCCUUCCAAAGGACCUCAAGAGCCAAGUCACGAAGUUUAUACUGACCCUCAAGGACAAUUACAUCGAUUCAAUAUCUAUACGAAGGUGGAAGCGCAGUUCGAGUCUACUCAAGCCCAAAUCGCACGACUAUCUUUCGGCCAGCUCCCCGUCAGAAUUGCGGUACCUGAAGGACUGGCUCCAGAAGCCCAUGUCCUUCACCGACAACAAGGGGCUCCUCAAGAACACGGGACGUUCCAACGAUGACCCCUCUGGCAAUAAGAAAUCCGUCCUGUCACAACUCUACAACGCUUACGUAAACGAAAAAAGGCCGGACAUCAAGACGGUGCUCGCCGAGCGGUUGCUCGACACGUACAACACUUCUUUCAAGCAUCUCGGCGCCGAAUCGGAAGACACGGAAAAGUUUGUGCUCUCCGUGGUGCAGCAGCUGCCGUCGACGACGCCCAGGCACAACGACUUGGUUUUGGGCAUUCUGGAGCAGUGCAUCCGGCGCGGUGAUCCCUGUCUAAACAUCAGUCGCAGUGAGAGCAUAGCGCCCCUCAAAGUAAUUAUGCAAAACAUGUCUCUCAAGCAAAGUCCCAACUUUGUGCGGACCCUAAGUCACGACCUUUUCGCCGCCGCAAAGAAGGCAAGGACGCAUAUAGACUUGUCUUGGCUCACCGACAGCGGCACUGCGCAUAGAACCUCUCAGACGACAGUGCCGCAGGUGCUUCAAGUAUCGUCGAGAGCUUCAGUAUCGUCCUGAAACAAAGGUCUAAAUUUAGUGUGAUCUAAAAACCAUUCUUCUAAUGACGCCACAAACGAAUUUGUCGCUAGCCGCCUUCGCUUGUUUGUUAUUGUAAUAAAUUAGUCCGGCGUUUCUUGUUUUUUUUUUUUUUUUCAUCGUUGUCUAACUUUUUUCCUGGCAUGUCACAUGUGACAUGCUUUUGUACAGACCAGAAGAUAUAACGUGAUCGGUUAAAGUACAGCAAAUAAAAAAGAUAUAUGGCACGUUCCGAUACCUGCCAGCCCAGUAAAAGACAAAUAAACACCCGUCUCGAGUCUCUCUCUCUC